AUGGUUCCCACAGCUAACCAGGCACAGCUUCCACCAAGUACUGAACAAGUAUAUGCGGGACUUGCGGAGGCUCCACUUGUUGUGCCACCUCAGCUGGUCCAAUACUUCAUGCGGAAAAGUGGGCAAGGGCCUAUACUUUACAACAUCAGCGCUGAUGACAGAGAGUGUAACGAGGACAUGCGACUGACGCAGGUGGUCAGCCUCGCAGCUCAGCGGUUUUUAGCUACAGUACUGAAUGACGCCAUGCAGUACUACAAGAUGAAGCGCGCAGCAGGGGUGAAGGCCAUGAAGGAGGCAGGACUUGACCCAAAGGACAAGCGGAGGCUGUUGCGUACAGAUGAUCUAGCGCAGGCCCUCCAAGAGUACGGCGUCACCCUCCGAAACCCACCUUACUACGUGGACGCUAACAACCAAGCAGCCGGUGCCCGUCGGUGAAUGAGAGUCCGGAUUAUCCGGCUCUUUCGCUAUAAAGCCACCCUCCCUCGGCAGCUGACUUUUACAUUUGGCAUAAAACUGUAAGCCCUCCCUCCAGCAGUCGGCACUUGGAGUUGGCACACGAGCGAGUCGUCAAUAGCGUCAUGGAACGUUUACUAAAGGAGAGGGAUAUCUAGCUAAAUGUUAUAUAAGAGCGCUUAUCUGUAGACUCGAAGGCAAGGGCUUGUUUGCCAGCAGGUAAUCAAACCUUUAUAUUUGAACCUGCAGGAAUUAAGCGGGGUUGAUGCCUAGACGCACAACCAGGACCUACUGUUCCCUAUGCGAUUGCCAGCCGUGUGUUGCAGUUGCUUGGUAAUGCAUCGUAUGAAUGGAGGCUCGAAUAUUCUGGAGACUAGGACUGUUGCCAUUACAUAACGGCGGCUACGCAAUGCGUUCCUUCUUACCCACCCAUGGCUGUGCAUCUGCGCAUUUAAUCAACGCAGCCUUUUGUGACGUAGGGGUCUUGGACAUGGGCCUUGCGCUGGUGAACGCCUGUUAGGGGCGAGUUGAAUUAGCUUGUGCAACGAACAGCGCCC